UUUGAAGGGAAGCUUCACGUCAAUCCACCACUUCUCAUCUACAUCAUCCCAUUCAUUUCCAUUUAUCUCCUCUCCACACAUACACCACUUUCUCCAGAGCUUCUGGAGGUGAAUAUCCGUCUCCAUGGCUGAUCGAUACUCUUUCUCCUUGACCACUUUCUCUCCCAGUGGAAAGCUGGUUCAGAUCGAAUAUGCUCUCAAUGCUGUCAAUCAGGGUGUAACGGCCCUUGGUAUCAAAGCCACGAACGGAAUCGUUCUCGCUACUGAGAAGAAGUCCUCCUCGCCUCUCAUCGACCCUCCCUCCCUCUCCAAGAUCUCCCUGAUCACACCCGACAUCGGCAUGGUCUACGCUGGCAUGGGUCCCGACUACCGUGUACUAGUCGACAAGGCCCGCAAGGUCUCGCACACCGGCUACAAGCGCAUCUACAACGAAUACCCUCCCACCCGUAUAUUAGUGCAGGACGUCGCUCGCGUCGUACAAGAGGCGACGCAGUCCGGUGGUGUCCGACCGUACGGUGUCAGCGUGCUGAUUGCUGGCUGGGAUGAGGGCAUCGAGCCUGAGACCGGCGAUGCCCAGAGAGGCGAUGAGGAGGGCGAAUUGAAGAAGGCGACCGGCAAGACGGGUGGGAUCUUGAAGGGUGGCCCCAGUCUUUACCAGGUCGACCCCAGCGGCAGUUACUACCCGUGGAAGGCCACGGCCAUCGGCAAGCAUGCCACUAGUGCCAAGACCUUCCUCGAGAAGCGCUACACCGAGGGCUUGGAGCUCGAAGACGCUAUUCACAUUGCCCUAUUGACUCUGAAAGAGACCAUCGAGGGCGAAAUGAACGGUGACACGAUAGAGAUUGGUAUUGUCGGACCGCCUGCCGACCAUUUGCUGGGCUUUGAGGGAGUCGAGGGGGCGCGGGGACCCCGCUUCAGGAAGUUGACCAAGGAGGAGAUUGAGGACUAUCUGACCAAUCUAUAAACUCACCGUCUUGUUACACUUUUACUGGCGGAACCUUAUAGCAUAAUAGACAUCUAUCACGUCUGGCAAGGGUUUCAACGAAAUACUGAGGUUUCCGACACCUUUCUUUCUUACUGAACAACAUAACUAGGUUACAGCCGGAAAACCCUGUGAUAACGCAAAUGAUGAAAUGGACGGGCGGGUCAACGUCGCCAAGUAAUGCCGCAAUCGAAAAAAAGAACUUCCAUUAUACUAGUCAAUGAAUUGUGAUUUGUGCCUAA